AUGUUCAAUGCGACUCAGCAUCGCGGCAACCCCAAUUUGGGGCCAGCGCCUCCUGGGCAGCCUAACCAUCGCUUGAACGAGAUCAUGGAUCAACUGCGCGCCGAGUUCGAUAACCAGAGCAGAGCUUCAGAACAAGUCGAGAGCCAGGUCGCACAACAAAUUCAAGAGAUGGAGUUGAUUCGCAACAAGGUCUAUCAGCUCGAGCAGAAUCAACUGAAGAUGAAGCAAGACUAUGAGGCUGAGAUCCGUAUGCUGCGACAUGAACUGGAGAUCCGAGGAGGCUCCCAAGUACAGUCGCACCUCGGUGGUCCUCCUCAACAUGCUGGUCCUGCGCAAGCACCGCCAGCUCUUGGGCAUGGCCAGGGUGGGCUGUUCAGCGGAAUCAUGGCAAACCAAGGUCAAGGUGGUCCGGGACUGGCUCCUCCACCGGAACAACCUCCCCCUCAACAACAUCCUCUGCAGCCCCCUCCACCAGCAGCACAACCUCAGGGGCCGCCGCAACCACCCAACUCCUUUCCUGGCUAUCAGCAGGGUCCUACGUUGAACGGUUACGGGCCGCAACCACAACCUCCCACGAAUUCCCCGGGUCUUGGGAAGAAUCGAUCCAUGGCUAGCAGAGGAGCACCUGGGCCUGGACCUGCCACUCCUCAGCAACAUCCUAAUCAACCACAGGCCAUGCCCUAUCAGAAUGAUCCAAGAGCUUCGCCUCAAAUUCCCCGACCUACUCCUCCAGGCACCGACAUGCUUGGACCGCGUCAUCAAAUGGCAGGCCAAGGCCAAUAUCCUAACGUCGGCAAUGUUCUGGCUGACCUGAAUCCUGACGAUCUCCCAGAUCAUCUCAAACGGACCAGUGCCGAUGGCGAGUGGCAUGCGGUCUUCAAUCCGAAUGUACCUCGUGUGCUUGAUAUUACUCUCCUGCACAAUCUUCAGCAUACUUCCGUCGUGUGCUGUGUCCGCUUCUCAGCCGAUGGCAAGUACGUCGCUACAGGCUGCAAUCGCAGUGCUCAAAUCUUCGACGCCAGGGACGGUCAAAAAGUAUGCGAGUUACUCGACGAAAAUGUCCAGGACAAGGACGGUGACUUGUACAUCCGAUCAGUUUGCUUCUCUCCUGACGGCAAACUGUUGGCCACUGGCGCUGAAGACAAGAGAAUCCGCGUCUGGGACAUUGCAAGCAAGCGCAUCCGCACCACGUUCGAUGGUCAUGAGCAAGACAUCUACUCGUUGGACUUCUCACGAACUGGGCGGUUGAUUGCUUCAGGCUCGGGUGACAAAACCGUGCGCCUGUGGGAUAUUGAGUCAAAUCAACAGGUUAUGGUCCUCUCGAUUGAAGACGGAGUGACCACUGUAGCCAUGUCGCCCGAUGGACGCUUCGUUGCAGCCGGUUCUUUGGAUAAGAGUGUUCGAGUUUGGGAUUGUUCGAGUGGGUAUCUCAUCGAGCGGCUGGAAGGACCACAGGGUCACAAAGAUAGUGUCUACUCGGUCGCUUUCUCCCCUAAUGGGAGGGAGCUGGUCAGUGGUAGUUUGGACAAGACGAUCAAGAUGUGGGAACUCACACCACAGCGAGGACUUAUUCCAGCCGCAGCAGCAAAGGACGGCAAAUGCAUCCGCACCUUUGAAGGGCACAAGGCAUGUUCCCCCUUCUCCCCUAUCUCUGAUAUCAUCUGA